AUGUGCCGACUUGGAGAGAGGCAGGGCAGGGAAGCAAAGAUAGCCUGCAAUCUCCUGCUGUUAUGGUUGUGCCAUCGUUUCAGUUGGCUAUCUACGCAGCUGCUGCAGUAUGCCAGUUGGUUUUCGAAGUUCCCAUAGUAUCAUUUCCUCAUGUUAAGAGUCUGUUUAUGGAGAGACCAGGGCUUAGAACCAAAGACUCUGUCAUUUUGCUUGUUGGUCAUGAUUUUAGUACUCUCUAUGAGUUGCUUACUUGGGAUUUUAAAAACUCAGCAGUCUCGUGUGCACUGUGGGUCUAAGAAUAUACCUUGCAGACGCUUUUCCACUUCAGUGGACUCACACGCUUAAGGUAUCCUUUAUAUGGCUCAGCCUCUCGUAGGACUCCAGGGCAGUUAACAGUCAUUUUGGCUUUGUUCUUACAUUGUUACUCUGCAGAUCACAGCAGUGAGGGUUUCAGCAAAAGCAUCCUUAGAAACUCUGAAGAAUGAUGGGGAGUCCCCUGUAGCCCGCAGAUGUAAGGUUACGUGCUGACAAUGUAGAAGUCUCCCCAGUCUCAGGUUGUUGGGUGCUUGGGUGAGCUGAGACAGAGGAGCUGUAAUUUCAUUUGUGUCAGGAGAUUCUCCUAGGUGGACAAGUGGCUAUGGCCAGUGGACCGAACAUGAUGGCCCCCAUUUGUCUGGUGGAAAACCACAAUGAGCAACUGUCGGUGAACCGGGAAGCAGUAGAGAUCCUGGACACAAUUUCUCAGCCAGCGGUAGUCGUGGCCAUCGUCGGAUUGUACCGUACAGGGAAGUCCUACUUGAUGAAUCGCCUGGCUGGCCGGAAUCACGGCUUCCCUCUGGGCUCCACUGUGCAGUCAGAGACCAAGGGCAUCUGGAUGUGGUGUGUGCCACAUCCCACCAAGCCAAAGCACACCCUGGUCCUCCUGGACACUGAGGGCCUGGGGGAUGUGGAAAAGGGUGACCCUAAGAAUGACUCCUGGAUCUUCGCCCUGGCUGUACUUCUGAGCAGCACCUUCGUCUACAAUAGCAUGAGCACUAUCAACCACCAGGCCCUAGAGCAGCUGCAUUAUGUCACAGAACUCACUGAGCUGAUCAGGGCAAAGUCUUCCCCAAAUCCUGAUGGAAUAAAGAAUUCCACUGAGUUUGUGAGUUUCUUUCCAGACUUCAUCUGGACUGUUCGGGAUUUCAUGCUGGAGCUGAAGUUAAAGGGAGAAGUCAUCACGGAGGACCAGUACCUGGAGAAUGCACUGAAACUGAUCCCAGGCAACCAUCCCAGAGUCCAAGCAUCCAAUUUGCCCAGGGAGUGCAUCAGACAUUUCUUUCCUAAACGGAAAUGUUUUGUCUUUGACCGGCCAACGAAUGACAAAGAACUGUUACAAAAAAUUGAGACUAUCUCAGAAGACCAACUGGAGCCUAAGUUCCAGGAACAAACGAGGGCUUUUGUUUCUUACGUCUUCACCUAUGCAAAGAUCAAGACCGUCAGAGAGGGAAUUGAGGUCACUGGGAACCGACUGGGGACUCUGGUGAUGACCUAUGUGGAUGCCAUCAACAGUGGAGCUGUGCCUUGUCUGGAUGACGCGGUGACAACUCUGGCCCAGCGUGAGAACUCAGCAGCUGUGCAGAAGGCAGCUGACCACUACAGUGAGCAGAUGGCCCAGCGACUGAGGCUCCCCACAGACACGCUCCAGGAGCUGCUGGAUGUGCACACAGUGUGUGAGGAGGAAGCCAUUGCUGUCUUCAUGGAGCAUUCCUUCAAGGACGAAAACCAGCAAUUCCAGAAGAAGCUGAUGGAAUUAAUAGUGCUCAAGAGGGCAGAUUUCCUGUUGAGGAAUGAAGAGGCAUCAGAGAAAUUCUGCCAGGAAGAACUGAAUCAUCUCACGAAAGCACUCACAGAAAGUGUUUCAGCUGGGACAUUCUCCGUUGCUGGAGGACACAGGCUCUACAUGGACACCAGGGAGAAGAUUGAGAAGGACUAUUGGCAGGUGUCCAGGAAAGGGGUGAAGGCAAGUGAAGUCUUCCAGAGCUUUCUGCAGUCACAGGCCACCAUCGAGAGUUCCAUCCUGCAGGCAGAUACAGCUCUCACUGCUGGGGAGAAGGCCAUUGCAGAGGAGCGGGCCCAGAAGGAGGCGGCUGAGAAGGAACAGGAGCUGCUAAGACAGAAGCAGAAGGAGCAACAGCAACUGAUGGAGGCUCAGGAGAGAAGUCACAAGGAAAACCUAGAGCAACUGAGAAUGAAGCUGGUGCAGGAGAGAGAGCAGCUCAUCAAAGACCACAAGACGAUGCUGGAGAAGCAGCUGCAGGCCCAAAAGGCACUGCUUGCUGAAGGAUAUAAGAAGAAAUCUGAGGAAAUGAAUGCAGAAAUAAAUAAUUUGAAAAGUAAGCUUGAGAGUAUAAAAAAAGAGAGCACUUCGUUUUUAGAGCAGACCCUCAAUGCCUUUGCUACAGUUCUCUGUGCUCCUAUUGUAUUGGCUGUGGAGGUCGUAAAAGGGAUUGCUGCACUGUUUUGAGAUUCACUCCUCUGAGAAAAUGAGACUGUGAAGAUAUGUUUUGUCCUGUCCUUAAGAUGCACAUUCAUUUUCAUUCGACAAAGUUUUAAACAUGAAAGUACUUACUCAGUCUAAAACAUCAGUGCCUGACCCAUGUUCACCUAGACAAAUUCAUGUAUGUUUUGAUAGAUGAUGUUUGCAACAUCAUAUGGAAGAGAUCCUCUGAGUUGUCACUUGUUAUGGUGACAAAUUUAAAAUUACUUGAAUGUCAUCGAUUAAUAUUGGCAACAUAAUCUUUAAUAUGUGCCAACUACUUAGUCAGGAAACACCAUCUCGGUGGGGCUUCUUGUGUUCUAAUAUUAAGUUGAGCUCAAAGAUACUUUAUCAAAUGAAAUAUUUCAAAGCACCAUGCAACUAUUCCAUGCAAACACACAGAUGCAUUAAUGCAAUGGUUUCUGAAAGAUUCAUGAGAACCUGGACUCUGGCUUCAUCUGUAGAGACCAUGAGACUAUAGGAGUUGAUGUGACAAAUGUAUCCAUUACAUCCUCAAUGCAACCAUUCAAAUUUUAUAAACAAUGCUUGAAAUAAAUGCUAUUGUAGCUUGAUAUUGA